AUUUUCGUUUGGUGUUGGCGAUUUGUAUACGAUUGUAAAUUUAUUAUUUUGUCCAUAUUGGUUAGUGCUUUUAACGUUUUCAAAUUGAAAAUAGUAUAACCAAAGAUAAAAUGCCAGCGAGGAAGAAGACUAGUGGUGGUGGUGGAAACACAUCAGACGCGUCCAAGCAUGAUGAUGAUGCAUACCGAGAAAAAAGACAAAGAAACAACGAUGCAGUGAAGAAAACACGACAGAAGUCUAAGGAGACUGCAACAGAACGUAAGCGCAAUGUAGAGCGACUCAAAAACGAUAAUAUUAAGUUGGAAGCUUCUAUUAAAGAGGUAAAGGAACAUGUAGAAACACUUAAAAGUUUGCUAUUGGGCAAUGUAAAGAAAGAGGAACAUGAAACAUUUCUGCAAAAAAUACUUAAUGAACCUACAGACGAUGAGGAUGACAGUAUGGAUGGCACAUGACUUAAUAAAAUCACCAUAAAGACGGCACGGAAGAGAUUAAAAAGCAUGCUAAUUGUUCGUAUGCUAGGCGUGAUAGUUAUUUUCACAUGCAGCUUAAUAUGAUUGGAGUGCAAAUUAAAGCCACUUUCAAUGUGUUAUCAGUUGGCAAUAAACUUAUCUAACACUUUUCUAGAUAUAUAUAAAAUAUGUAAAAUGUAUUGUACAACUAUAUGACUAUAAAUUCAUUAAAAUGGAUGUGUUAAUAGAAAUAUUAAUAAGCACUACAUGUAAGCAGUUUAUGUAUUAAAUAUAUUAAACUUACCAUCAAA